AUGUCGAUAUCAAAAAUUAAAAAUGCUGCCAAAUCUUUAAAAACAUUUCAAGGUAUUCACUUUGAACAAUGUUUGGAUCAUGGUGAAACAGCUGAACUAAUGAAUAAAUGGCUUUUAGAAGUAUCAUGGGAAGUAGCUAACAAAGUUGGUGGAAUUUAUACUGUUAUUCGGUCAAAAGUACCUAUAACAAAAAAAGAAUAUGGAAAUAAUUAUAUUUGUUUGGGUCCAUAUAAUGAUUCAUUUGUUAAAACUGAAGUUGAAAUUAGUGAAUCAAAAAAUGAGGCUAUACGUGAGACAGUUAAUGACAUGAGACGUUAUGGUGUUCAUGUUGUAACGGGCAAUUGGUUGAUUGAAGGUUUUCCUGAAGUUGUUCUGUUUGAUAUUGGCUCCGCAGCUCAUCGAUUAGAUGGCUGGAAAGGAGACUUUUUUGAAUAUGCUCAUAUUGGUAUUCCAUAUCAUGAUCGAGAGUCAAAUGAUGCUUUAAUAUUUGGUUUUUGUGUUUUUUGGUUUAUCGGAACGUUUAUCGAACAAUUAAAACGAACAAAAAAAUGUUAUGUUAUUGCUCAUUUUCAUGAAUGGUUGGCCGGCAUUGGUCUUGUAAUGACACGUCUUCGUAAUUAUGAUUGUGGAUUAAUAUUUACAACACAUGCAACACUAUUAGGACGAUAUUUAUGUGCUGGUGCAACUGAUUUUUAUAAUCACUUAAGCUAUUUUGAUCUUGAUAAAGAAGCUGGUGAUCGUCAAAUAUAUCAUCGUUAUUGUAUUGAACGUGCUGCUGCAUCAUGUGCACAUGUAUUUACAACUGUUUCAAAAAUAACUGGUAUCGAAUCAGAAUUUUUAUUAAAUAAAAAACCCGACAUAUUGACGCCCAAUGGGCUUAAUGUUCAAACGUUUGCUGCAUUGCAUGAAUUUCAAAAUUUACAUGCACAAAAUAAAGAAAAGCUCAAUGCAUUUGUACGUGGACAUUUUUACGGACAUUAUGAUUUUGAUUUGGAUAAAACAUUAUAUUUUUUUAUUGCUGGCCGAUAUGAAUUUUCAAAUAAAGGUGCCGAUAUGUUUAUUGAAUCAUUGGCUCGAUUAAAUCAUAUGCUUAAAUCAUGUGGUUCUGAUGUAACAGUCGUUGCAUUUAUGAUCUUUCCAACAUCAACAAAUAAUUUUAAUAUUGAAUCAUUACGUGGUCAAUCUGUUGCUAAAAUGCUUCGUGAUACAGUACAAAAUAUUCAAAGUGAUAUUGGAAAACGACUUUAUGAAAUUUGUCUUAAGUAA